CGUUGUAUAUAUAAAUAUGGUAUUUUACUAAUAUAAAACCAUAACUCGCCACAUCUCACUUUCUUCUAACGUCCCUUUAACCUGUCAUCAUCAUGGAUAAGCCUUUGUUUGUCACACAGACUCCUAUCACCACUGAUGAGCUUAACCUUUUUUACCAAAUUGAUCGUGAGCUAUUUUGUUUUUUGAUCUUCAAACUUCACCACGAGGUGACUCAAUCUCUUCUAGUCAUGGCUCUCUGGCUUUGGCUUGAAAAAGUUGGGUACCAUAACCUUGUCUCAAAAGUAACACUUCUACAAGGCACUGUUAUCAAUGCUCUUGUGAAUGAAGCUGUAACUUGCUUGCAAAUUUUGGGAAAGGAUGAACCUGCCAUCCCAAUUGGGGGUGGAUUGCCCUUGACCACAAGGCUCGUGAAAAAGGACAUCUCUCUUCAGAUGUUCAUCUUGAAAAGGCACACGGCAAUAACCGGCAUAAAAAAUGUUCUAAAUAACACAUGCACUCGAAUUUUUAAUGAUGUUUUGCAGAUAGUUUUGAAAAGCAAAAUUAUGAUUGCAACACGAGGUACCACAUCACGAAUUCACACACUCAAUAUGCCUUUGGUUCUUCCCGGUUUCCCUCACCCUUUAUUUGGCACCUUUGAUUUAUUACCAAGGAUUGAGAACAUCAGUUUGUCUAAUGAAAAGAUAUGGGUUCAAAAUAUACUUUAUGAUGAUGCUACAGAUGAUGAUAGAUCGGUGUUUCUCACGUUCUCUAGGGGCUUUCAUGUGUCAGAGGUGGAGGUAAUGUACUUGUUCACGACUAAUUAUGGAGAUUGUGUGCAAAGUUUAACCAUGGGACGAAAUGUUGUCCAAGGUGAUCAACCAUUAUUUGCAAUUAUGAUUUUGAAAAUGGUGGAAAUUGUGGAUCAAAUUUUAAAUGGUAAACGUGUUGCCAAGCUUCAAAUAAACGGAAAGCACAUAUGGGCUCGCAAGUAUGAGCCUCGUGUCUGAAUUUUUUAAUUUUCAUUAAAAUUAAGCCAAACAAAUUAGCUAUAAAUUUUAGGACUUAUAAAAUUAUAAUUAUCACUGCC